GCUUGUACAUAUAAUAUUGAAUUGUAACGUUUAGAAAGUGAUAAUAAGCAGGAAUUACUAGUGAUGACAUGAGCACUCACCGCAUACACCUUCAUCCUCUCUCUCUCUCUCUCUCUCUCUCUCUCUCUCUCUCUCCAUACAAUUAUUCAUUAUCAUAAUAUGAACAAAGUUCUAUCACUUAACUCCUGGCAUUCAACUCACAUCAUACGAUUUUAUGCUUAUAUCAUAUCAUGUUAAUAAUACAAUAAUAACACACAAGAAAAUAAAGGUAUGUCGAGUCGGUACCAUCGGCCGCUGACUGUUCCCUCCAUUAUAGAUUAUCUAAAAUCACAGCACCGAACUGGCCGCACCCCGCCUCUUCGACUUAUAAUAUUGAAGGACAGUAAAGGGGAGGGGAGACAACUACCACUAGCGAUGUGACUGUAACUCUCACUCAAUGAUGACAUUUGACGCAAUGCUUGGUGUAGUGCGCCCCGGCUUGGGUUGUACUGGUGUGGGGCGGGGUGCGGGCGGGGCGAGUAGUGAGGAGUGCGUGGUGGCUAUGUAGGUACUACGGGUGCCGGGCGGAGGGCGGCUCGCUGCGGGACGCGCCCUCGCUGCGCACCGACUUGUCCGACAGGGAGCUGAACACGGACGCCUCGCUGAACCUGCAGCUGGAGGAGUCGACGGUGCGGUCGGAGCGUAUGACGCCCUUCAAGUACUCCACCGCGCACGUGAAGGGCACGCUGUCGGCGCGGCACGUGGUGGUGGUGCGCGCCGCGUACCCGGCGGACGGGCGCCCCGCCACCGUGCAGCUGCUCCCGCUGGCCGCCGCCACCGCGCGCCUGCCCGCCCGCGCCCACCUGCUCGCCUACCCCGGCCCGCUCCUCAGAGGCGUCACUCACAAGAAGAGCGUGAUCGAGUACUGCUCGUCGCGCGCGGCGGAGGCGGCGGCCGGCGGGGGCGCGGGGGGUGCCGCGGACCCGCUCGGCCGGCUGCUGGUGUGGGAGCUGCUGGCGCUGCUGCUGCGCCAGAACGGCGUGGUGGUGGGCACCGACAUCGCGGAGCUGCUCAUGAACAACGCGCGCGAGCACGAGUACGCGCACGCGCCCUCCCCGCGCAUAGGCAGCCGCGCCGGCUCCGGGGCCGAGGGGGAGCGCGUCGUCUCGCCCGAGAGUAACGCCCGGCCCGAUCUACCGCUCGCACCGUCUGCGGGCGAGGAGGGCGCGGAGGGCGAGGAGGGCGCGGAGGGCGAGGGCGCGGAGAGGGCGGCCGCGACGGAGGCGGAGGCGCUGGCCCGCCUGCGCGACUACCUCAUAUACGGCAACAGGCAGGAGGCGCUCGAGUGGGCGAUGCGGUGCGGGCUGUGGGGGCACGCGCUGCAGCUGGCGGCGCACGGGGAGCGGCGCACGCGCGCGGCCGUCGCGGCGCGCUUCCUGGCCGCCGUGCCCGCCGCCGACCCCCUGCACACGCUCUACGCCGCGCUCGCCGCGCGCAUGCCGCCCGCCGCCACCUGCGCGGCGGAGGAGCGCUGGGGCGACUGGCGGCCGCACGCCGCCAUCCUGUUGGCCAACAGCGGCGCGCGGCCCGACCUCGAGCGCCGCGCCCUCACGCAGCUCGUCGUCACCAGGUGA